GGUGCCUAUAUUAAUUACUACUAAAAGUCUGUCGAUCAUUUGAAAAUUUGCUUGCCGCAAUAGAGCGCCUCCUUCCUCUUGCGCGCCUGUUCGGUCCCGGUUUCAAUCGACGGGAGCAGAGGGGAGGAAGGGAGGGGUUUGGGUUCUCCGACGGCGGGAGGAGAUGGGUCAGAAGGAGCGAAAGAGGAAAGCAGCCUUCCCGCAUGCUGCGGUGGUGGGCUUCCCGUCGCAGAAUUCCGGUCCCUUGGCCGCGGUACCGCCGGGUUUCCUGACUCCCGGUUUGCCGUCGGCGUUCUCUGCCCUUUCUCUGUCCAAUCUUCCCGAGAUAUUCUUUCCGUCCAUGACAGGUUAUCCGAACUUAGGACUUCAUACUGGGUAUACACGUAUUGGGCACUACUCUAGCUGCCACAGUAUUCUCCUAGUUGGUGAAGGGGAUUUCUCAUUUUCUCUAAGCUUAGCAAAGGCUUUUGGUCAUGCAAGUCAUAUGGUUGCUACUUCUCUUGAUACUCCAGAGACCCUAAACGAUAAGUACCGAUUUGCGAUGGAGAAUGUAAGGGAGCUGAGAGCAUUGGGUUGCCGUGUGGGGCAUGGGAUUGAUGUGAAAACUAUGACCAGCAACGUCUUAUUGUGCCUGUGUUAUCUAAAGUUCGACAGGAUUGUAUUCAACUUUCCUCAUGCAGGCUUUGAGUACCCUGAAGAAGACGUCAGGCAGAUCAAGAUGCACAGGAGAUUGUUGAAGGGUUUCUUUCUGAAUGCAAAGGAGAUGCUGCUCGAAGAUGGUGAAAUUCAUGUGACCCACAAGACCUCGUCUCCUUUUAAGGAGUGGAAUCUGCAGCAGAAAGCAGAAAGAAGGGGACUGGUUUUAGUAGAACGUGCUCCCUUUAAUAUCUGCGAUUAUCCUGGCUACUUCAACAAGAGAGGUUACGGUGUGGUUAGUGACACCUCGUUUCCCAUAGGACGCUGCUGCACCUUUAAGUUCAAGCUGAAAAAAUGACACCCCAAUCUGGGUUUUCUUCCUUUUGAACCUUAAAUGUACAAGAUGAAUAUAGGUGAUAUGCUUGUAAAUUAAUUUGAACCUAAAGCUUUGUAUAUGGGAACUUGGUCUCGCUGAAACUUAUCUUUUUUGCUUCUGCAUUCGUGUAUGUUCUGAUUGUAUAUGACGGGAAGUCAGAACCUGUCCAUGUUUUUUUAUUGCUGAUACUAAUGCAAAAUUUUAGUUUACUGCUA